AUGGCGAACAACAACACCAAGCAGCCCGUCCUUUGCGUCUUCUGCGGUGCCUCCAGCGGCACCUCCCCCGUGCACCUUGAAGCUGCGCGCGCUCUCGCCCACGCCAUGCACAAGGCGAACAUCCACCUCGUCUAUGGCGGCGGCACAGUUGGUCUGAUGGGCGAAGUAGCACGUACCCUCGUCUCCCUCUCCGGUCCCGACUCGGUCCAUGGCAUCAUCCCUUCAGCCCUUGUGGGAUACGAACAAAACACCACGUCCACGUCUGCAUCCACAUCCACAUCUACAUCCACCGACCCCUCGCAACACGGCAUCGACGCUUCAGUCUACGGCCGUACCACUGUCGUCAAGGACAUGCACACUCGCAAGCAGAUGAUGGCGGCCGAGGUAGUCGCUGGCGGGCCAGGCGGUGGCUUUGUCGCCCUUUCGGGAGGCUAUGGCACCUUUGAGGAGCUGAUGGAGAUUACCACGUGGAACCAGCUGGGUAUUCACGACAUGCCUGUCAUCGUCUACAACGUAGAUGGCUAUUGGAGUGGCCUGAUUGAGUGGAUCAAGAACGCUGUCAGUAGCGGCUUUGUAGCGCCCACGAAUGCCGGCAUCAUAGUCGAGGCGCUGAGCGCUGACGAAGUCAUCGUGUGCUUGAAAGAAUAUGAGAGCGCCCCGGGAAGGUUUGGGCUGAGCUGGGAUGAGAAAUAG